CCGACCAUGGCCACCUCGCCAACAUACCAAGGCAGAAGGAAAAAAAGGAAAACAUGGGCCCCAUUGAUGACCCAGAAGACCUGCAAGCUAAGGUAGUAGAAUAGUAGAGAGUGUGAAAGCAAUGAUUGCAGAAAACCAAAAGAGAAGGGGAGCCAGAGUGUUCUUUAUUCGCCCUUUUACACUUUACUUGCACAAGCAGCGCCUGCCCUUCUAAUCUACACCCACUGCUAUUUCUGUACUCUCUCUCUUCUUCUCCAAUCAACAGUCAACCCCACCUCAAAAGGCGCCAACUUUCCUUCUCUCUCAACCCAAAUAUUGCCUGCCUCAUUUUCUUUUCUUUUACUUUUCUAAUUUGACUCUGUAUAAUAAUAAACUGAUAUCGGCAGUACAAGUACAAUCCUAAUUUCAGGAAAAUAUAAAAUAAAAAUAGAAAUUGAAAAAAUAAGCCAAGAAAAAUAGAGAAAUGGCAAAAGAGCAAAAGGAAAGCUCUGUAGCAAUCAUCAAUAGCACCACCCUACAUCCUCAGGACAAAGAAGAAGAGAAGGAACUGGACUUGGGAUCAGAAGAGCCUGACGCUCCUUUGCCUCUCACCGUCACUUCCCGGGUAUUGUAUAUGUUGGGAGAUAUAACGGCUGGUCCGGCAUAUCGCUUUUCACAAUGGCUGGAAUCGGUUCGUAAGAGAAGCGCCAAAUAUCGCUCCUCUGGCUUUCCUCGCCGCCUUCACGGGCUUGACAGCAUGCCCUCUGGCUCAGGAGAAUUGCUUGUUGAUUCAAAAAGUGAACCACCCCCUGAACAAGUUCCUGAGAUCAGUUUAUGGGAAAGGCUUGGUAAAGCAGCUGUAUUGGAUAUUGAGUCGAGCUCAUUUUCCUGGGACAUGCUCUCUUCACUCCAUCACACUGAGCAUAGUAGUAGCACCGAACAAUCCGAGGAUGAAUUGAAUAAUAAAGCUCUUGAGGUAACUGUAAAUUCUGGAGGAGUUGUCUUCUUUGCCUUAUUCAAUCAGCAUGGAAAUGAUGAUGCUUUUCCAAAGGAAGCAGCAGCUGUCAUAAAAUUUUCAUCUUCAAGGAUGGCCAUACAAUCUGAACGCCUUGGAUAUGAAUUUGCAAAGUGGUUAGGAGUCCGAACUCCACAGGCUAGAGUUAUUCAUAACUGCAGCACAGAGUGGCUCCAGAUUAAGGAGGCUGCAGAAAAAGCAAGACUUUCAGCAACUUCAGAAGGAGAUGAAGUUGGUGAAGUUACAUGUUCAGAACUUUUGGAAGCUCUUGAACUUAGCCGAUGCCUUCUUUUGAUGAGUUACAUUCAUGGAUCUCCUUUAUUGGAAAGCUCAGCUGCAUUCGAAUCACGGGAAACUGCAGAAAGAACUGCAGCAGCUUUAGGUAGGGUCUUGAUGUUGGACCUUGUCAUCAGAAAUGAAGAUAGAUUGCCUUGUCGGCAGCUCAGAUGGCGUGGAAAUGCAGCAAAUCUGUUGUUGGCUGAUAAUGUGCUAUCUGUAGAUAUGAAUGCAUUGGAGGAUGCUUUUGAUUCAGCGAUUAACCGAUACAGACCAAGGGUGAUGAGAGCUCUUCAGAAAGAAAGAAGGGCAACUUCAUUGCAUAGUAGAUUGAGCUCUCAUGAACCAGAAUUGGUAUCGCAGGGCUCUGAUCUUUCUGAUGUCACAGAAUCUCCAAAAUCUAGUAACAGAAGCCUAAGAAGUCAAACAUCAGAUGAAUCAAUAUCCUCUGAACUCCACAACUUUCGAAUUGUGGCUAUUGACUCUGGUGUUCCUCGGCGGCCUCCCGCUGGAAAACGUGCAAAUGACCAGGCAAAUUACCCUAAAUUGGUUGAGUUACUUCUCAACUGUUCUGAUUACUCCUCUAAUUUGUUAUAUGACAUAACAGGAGGGAAAUUAGGAUAUCCUUCUUUAGAAGACACCCACACAACUGAUAUACGGACCACAGAAGUUAGUUCAGGUGUUCAGGAAUUUCGUAGUGGAUUCCGUGCUGCUCUUAGGGAUCUUCAAAGUUUCCAUAUUUUCCUUUUAACACUUCAUCAAAAACUAGAUAGCUCGUUACGAGCAUUUUUGAAUAUUACAAGUAAAACUUCUGGGGACUCUGACAAAGAAGAUAUUGCGGUUCCUGAGUCACCUUUGCAUGGGUUUGCAAAUUGUCCUUCUCCGCCAGCUCAAAGUAAGGAACGGGUCCUUAACGAUAAUCAUCCAGAUUUUAGUGAUUCAGAAUUGCAGAGAACAGCCCCAAGGUCAGCAUCUUCAGGAAGUAAAGAAACCUCAGAUUGUCGUUCCCCCAUGUCCAGGGAAAGCUGGCCAGGGAAGUUCUCCAAAGGGAGUGGAGAGCCCCUUCAAAGCCUCCGUUUGACAUCAAAGAUUCGUGACAUCCAUAAGUGUGCCAAGGUUGAUACAGAAUCAAAUAAAGAGCUGGAACUGUGGAACGAAAUGCUGAGGAAUGAUGCUAUCAAGCUCUGUCAAGAGAACAAUUUUAAUACAGGAUUUUUUGAAGGCAGUGAUAAUAACUGUGUUGUUGAUGCUUAUGAGUUGAAGGUCAGACUAGAACACAUUCUUGAGAGAAUAUCAUUGAUUUCUGAUGCUGCAAAUACAGAGAAACCAUCAUCAAUCACAAAUAGUUUGUUCAUUGGUGGGGCCCUAGCUGCUGGAUCCACUUAUACUUUACAGCAUAUAGGAAUCACUCACAUAUUGUGUCUGUGUGCCAAUGAAACUGGACAAUCAGAUUCUCAGUACCCUGACCUAUUUGAGUACCGAAAUUACUCUAUAUGUGACAGCGAAGAUUCAAAUAUCAGCAGCAUUUUUGAAGAAGCUUCUGAUUUUAUUGAUGAUGUAGAAUCAAAAGGCAGGAAGGUUCUAGUUCAUUGCUUUGAAGGGAAAAGUAGAAGUGCCACGUUGGUGCUUGCUUACCUAAUGCUCAGGAAGAACUUCACUCUGUUAGAAGCCUGGAAUGCCCUAAAACGAGUUCACCGCCGAGCUCAGCCCAAUGAUGGAUUUGCAAGAACUUUAUUAGAUCUUGACUGUAAAUUGCAUGGGAAGAUGUCAAUGGAGUGGCAACAACGGAGGCCAACAAUGAAAGUCUGUCCCAUAUGUGGGAAGAAUGCUGGUCUAAGCAGUAGCUCACUGAAGCUCCAUUUGCAGAAAUCGCAUAAAAAGCUAUCAUCAGGGAGUGUGGAUAGCGCAAUGACUAUGGAGAUACAAAAAGCUUUGGAAGCUUUAAAAAUGACCCGAAGUGGGAGUGUCAGCCCCUCAACGCAGUCUGCAUCAGUUAUGGAUGACCUAGGCCUGCCGAUUCCUAGUUCGUUUGCUACAACAAAAUCAUAAAGCGUUUUCAGUUUCUGCUUUCAAGUCCACAUUAGAUCUCUGUUGGAAAUUGAGAACUAGGGCUCUUUGAUGCAUCAAGAUUAGGAGAUCACCUGCAUCAAAUGCAAUGAGCUGCCUCAGUGAAGAUGUGAAUACACCCACCAUUGGAAUAUAAAUUUUCUCGAGGGUAUCAAAAUCAUAAUGCAGUCUGACUAUCCGUUGCUGAGACUGCCCCUAGUCACAAUUCAAGAUUGAAGGUUAUACAUAAAUACGAAAGCAACAUUAUAUGAAACCUUAUGCCACUGCUGUAACGUUACAAUGAAUGACUGAUAGUCACUUUUUGCUGCCCAUCGAAUGGAGCACAGAAUAGUUGUUCGACUCCAUCUGCCUUGUGAAUCUUUACGUAUUCACUUGUUCACUCAUAAUAGUUGUACAAUAAAUUGCCUGUAAUUGUACCUUUUAUUCUUGUAAGUGUUUCAAUAUAUUACAUUAGAUUUUCUAUUCUGAAAAAUAAUUUUAA